UGGGAGCACAGCACUCUCCUCUAGAAUUAUACAGCAGCAGCAGGAGUGAAGGGAACACCUCAGCAACUUGUCCCUGAAAUCAUUGAAUGAAACAUGAAGAAAUUUCCAGCUUUGUCUCAGUUGUUGCUGGUUGUGGUAAUUGCUGUCAGUCUCAGGACAGUGGGAUGUUCUGCUAAAGAUCAGAAUGAUCUGUCAGUGCCCUCUGGCACUCCAACUUCAUCUCCCGCAGCAACCUUCCCCAGUGAUACUGAACAACUGGCCCAUAGCUCCAGAGAGGAUUAUGAAGAUUAUGAAGAUGACGAUUACGUGGACAAAUAUGACGAAUUGACAUCUGAAGAAUUGGAAGAUGGAGUGUUGCCAGUGAAAGUCCAGCCAGUUGUUAAACCCAAGAACAAAACUGGAAAGAAAAAGGGCCCAAGACAAUUUAAGAAUAAGGGAAAGAGGAAGAGGACUGGAAUAAAGAAGAAGAAUGAUCCAUGCAAGACUGAAUACAAAGAUUACUGUAUUCACGGGAAAUGUAUUUUCUUGAAAGAACUCAACAAGACAUCAUGUGUAUGCCUUCCUGGAUACCAAAAUGAACGCUGUGGGAUAAAGAUAUUGUAUACUGGAACAACCAAGGAGCGGAUUAAUAGUCUCUCAGUUGUCUUGGUGGUAGCAGUGGGGAUGCUACUUGUCUUUGUUGUAGCUGCUGUGACUAUUGUAGCAACAAUGCGAAUUCGGAGAAAAAUGCAGACAGAGCAUGACAUAUUGAGUGAAGAGAAACAAAAACUGAGAACAGAGAAUGGAAAUGUAGUUUAAAAAUGAAGGACUGCAUCAGACGUUUCUAACCUGAAGAAAUCGUCCAAUAUAUCAAUCUUCCACAUCUAUUAUAAGAUGUCCACUUCUCCUUCCAACUCCUGUUUAGUGGCUGUUUUUCAUGUAUACAGUUACUUAGAGCAGUGUACACAACCCAAAACCCAAUGAUAUAGCUCACGUAUGAGAUGAACUAAAGAAUAACAACUUGAAUUUAUAUAGCAUCACUUGAAAUUAUAUAAUGUCCUAUGACCCCAGACCCUUCUAUCUGGCAAAAGAAAUUGGAACUGAGUCAAGGAAGGAGAUAAAGAGAAAGGUGAGGAUGCCAUAGUCUUGCCAGACCAUGGGACUAUUCUCUUAUUACAGAGAGACACAACUGGUGGUGGUUUAAGCUGAGGGUCACCAUAUCUCAGGAGAAGGGAAGAGAGUGAGAAGGAGAGUCCUUCAUGUUAACCUCAGCCAGCGUGGGAAUUGAACCAGGCUGGUGGUGUUACUCUGUAUCACAAACCAACCGUCCUGCCUAGUGAGCUAAUGGCUGGGAAAAGUCUUUGGAAAAUAUGUCAUUUUUUUUUCAAGUGUUUUCAAGGAAGCAGAGAGAGUUUGUCAGUGAGGAACAGAGCUUGAUGUGUAGGUGACUGAAGGUGGGGUGAAGGGAAGAGCUUUGCAGAAGGGGGCAGAGUCAGAGAAAUCCAGCAUUCCUGAUGGUAAGGAGUGCUGCAGGUUACAGAGAUACGUUAGAGAAAGCCACUGAAAGCGCCAAUGACAAUUUUCGAUGUCAGUCUGUAUUGGAUUGAUCUAACAAACACAGAGGGGUUAUAUUCAUAUAAGACUUCAUGGUACAAUGCUUUGGCUCAAGACUGAGCAAGAGGCAGAGUUUGGACUGGAUGUACCAAAACCAUUGAAGGGAGUUUCAGCAGCAAACAGGCUGGGUGAGGAGUGGAUAAUGUACAGAUAAUGUCAGUAAUAGGCAGCAGGCAGCUGAGAAAAUUUGGUAUCACCACAUUGGCAAAAAGGAGUUUAUUGUGUAACUGUUAUCAGCUAAAGACAAGAACGUAGUCUAUGCUUUCUGCAAUGCAUUUGAGGUCCUUCCGUUGAAUUACCAUCAAAUGUGAAGCUCAUCUGCAUAAGCUCUAUCCUACCUUACCCUCAGGCAAGGAUCACUCAAUAGUGAUCAGGAUAAGGAAAUCCUGGGUUCCCCAGCACCCCUGUCUCCCUUGCUUUCCAGGGCCACUGAAGCCAACAUUAAUAUCUAUACAAAUAAAAAACAAAAGAACUGCGGAUGCUGUAAAUCAGGAACAUAAACAAAGUUGCUGGAAAAGCUCAGCAGGUCUGGCAGCAU